AUGGAUGUGCGACAAUUGGAUUCCCCCUGGCGACCGCAGCACCUUACUGCGAAAUUCUGCUGCGAGGGACACCAGCAUUGCUGGCAGUCGCAGGCUCUCCUUCCUAAGACAGCGAUUCGGCGAGCCACGCGAGGCAGUGAUCCAAAGAGCGACCGCGCCUGGGGAUUUUGCCGAGGGGAGAUCGCCACCAAUGCAAGGUGCAUUAUCGCUGUGCGAACAAUUCGCAUCAAGCUUCGUCUGUCGCUGAGAAAUCAACCUAGUUUCGACAAGUUCUGUUCCCUCGAGAAUGUCCUGAUCGAUCUGGACUGCUCAUCAAUUAGCGGUUCUAGCGCUUUGGAGAUGGGUGAUUGCGCGGUUUCCGUGGCGAGAGGUGGCAUGAAGGAGGAAAGCGAUAUCCGGGGAAUUCUGACCGGAGCUGCAGAAACGAGUGUACCGACGCCUGACCCGGCCGGCGAGGGCUGGCCGCUGCUACAGUCAGGGUCGUACAAGCGCGCGUGCCAGGAGGUCGAGUUAGCUGACAGUCGUGCGAUUGCUCUUCAGGCUAGUCAUGCUACAAGAUCAACGGACGCCGUUGAGAUUACAAUCGACGGUCCAGAGAGCAGCAUCAGCGGGACGACUUAUGGCAAGGAGAACAGCAGCAGCACUGGUUGGGGCAUGGGCUUUAUCGCAGGAGAUUCCAGCACUAUUACCACGACAGGCAACACGAGGGCCGAAUGUGACUACAACGAGGUGAACAGUCCUCUUCCACCCGGUCCUUCGCAGCGCGAUAGAGUUGCUAAUCAGGUGCGUGAUGGCGAAACUAAGGCUUCGUUAUUAUCCGCCUCAUUUCCCGGCGUCGACGCCCCUGCGUCAAGCUCCAGUGGACUGCCGGUCACAAUACCACCAUCAACCGCUGACGUCAUCCUGGACGAGUCGUCGCCGUCGCUACGCGACAUCGAUCGCCAUCCAUUGUCGCCCUCGUUGUGCAGCGCCUUCACGUGCAUGGGGGGAUUUGCCAGGGGAAAUGGCACAGGAGUCGCCGGUAGCAGCCAGGAGCGCGAAAACCCGGCGGAAGUUGAACGGGUGGAAAGCGCAGGAAAUCCUUUGUUUGAAACGGAAACUUCUUUAGCGGGGGAGUCGAGUCCUGGAGCGGGCACGGCGGAGGGUGGCCGCGGUCUAAUGCGCGCGUGCGGACUGAUAGGGGGAGGCGCGGGUUCCGCGCAGCAGGGCAACUCCGCACCUCAAGGCCCGAGGAGGAGAGGCGGUAGGAGGAGGCGGAGGGCAGAUGCGGCAAGGGAAGCAGAGGAUAGUGCGAUGGAAGUCGAAAGCGGCGAAGUGGAAGAGGAAGGUCCUGAAAACCGUCGUCCACUGUCUGUCGUGAUUCACGGUCCCGGUGCGUCCUUCUUUGUGGGAACGGAGCUAAUCGCCGCUGGCGCUCGCGCGCGCGCAGAGGGCGCGAGGGGAAACGCGGGGGCACAGGGCGACCGCGGGGCUCCUGGAGAAUCAAGGCGGGGAACUGAGAGCGCGCAGGUGGAUGGCGCAGAUAGCGGAGAAGACAACUACAGUGACGAUUAUGGCAACAGCGAAGGCGGGGUGGAUGCCGUGGUAAGGUGGGGACGCCGCAGGCGACAGCACCUGAGGUGGACCAGAGGGUUGGCUCGCGGUGGCGCGGGCACGUCAGCGGCAAGAGGUGGAGGUAGUUCUGACUCUGGCGAUGCUGAUAGUGACUAUGACGAGCGUGAUUUGGAGGACAGAGAAGGGGGCUGGUCGCCCUAUGAUGAUCGUGACGGAAACGAGGGGUAUUGUAUGGAAUGUCGGAGCAGCGGUAAUGGGGAGCGAGGAGCAGAGGCGGGGGAGCAGGAGCGGGACAGGCAGCACGGGUGCGCACAUGGGAGUGUCAAGGGGGAUGGGGAAGGGGAUGAACAGGAGCGCGGGGCGGAGAGCGAUAGCAGCGCUGUGAGCGACAGCAGCGGGUACAGCCAGAGCAGUGCGGGGGAGAGCAAGGCGAGUGCGGACAACGAGGGCGACGGUGCAGAGGCAGCGCUGCUCGAUUUCCAAUUCGCUCCACUGCGAGAGGCAUCCGGGCAGGCAGAGGGCGACAUGUGGGUGGAGGCAGUGCACGUGGUGCUGCCCCCGCCGCCCGCGAGUGCGCGGGGAGGGUGGGAGGGAGUGGACGUGGCGGGCAUGGAGGCGAUAUUCGAUCCGCGCUGUGUCAAGUGGUUCCAGCGCGUCAAGCGCCUCUUCAUCGCGCUGCUGCUGCUCGGCUCCAUCUUCUACAUCGUCUCCUUCAUCGGUGCGUGCCACGCCCUGCCCCCUGCCCUGCCCAACCCACUUCGCCUGCCGGAUGACGGUUGCACAUUGUUUCACGGAAAUCACAUUCGGUUACAACGAAUUUCAGUUGCUCAUUUAGUGUUUUUAACCCUCGUGGCACAAUUCCCUGCCUGCGUGACGCAAUGCACCCUCUCGGCACUGCUGCUGUUCCAUGCCAUGCGUCGCUCUCAGCGGUUGCGCCAGGGAGCUGCCUUGCUGACUGUUGAGGUAGCGGGGGUGAUGGCGAACCGGGGCAAGAGCGUGGAGGUGGUGGCGGUGGACGCGGGUGCGGCGGGGCAGGGGCAGGCGGCGGCGCAGGGGAGCACGGGGGGGCUGGACACCAACUUUGACUAUGUGUCGCACGCCAUGCUCACCUCCUCCAAUAUCUGGGUCGCCAUGGCCUACCUCGUGCUGUACCUCUCACUGGACAUGAUUGGCUUCGCAGGAGCCAUGCUUGAGAACGUGAGUCUGUUGACGCUGUACAUAGUAGUGGAGCUGAUCAUCACCUUCAUCUCGGCCCUUGAGGCGCUGCGCCCCUUCCUGCUCUUCCGCCUCCUCGUCAUCCUCCUCGCCCUGCGCCUGCGCUACUGCGCCCUCAAGGUGGAGGAUGCGGAGAGGCGUCUCUUCUCGCGCCUCAUGGGGCGCCCCAUGCCUCCCCCCAACCGACGCACCUGGCUCGCGCGUCUGGGCAUAUUUCCGGGCACGCUGUCAGCCAUGUUCCGCCACGCCCCUUUGAGCCGCUUCCAGCUGCGCGGGCGGCCGUGCAUUGACAUCACUAGCACUCCUCUCGCUGCUCACACCCAGGCCGAACCAGAGCAAGCUGCAGAAGCAGCAGAGGCAGCGGCGGAGCAACGGGAGAGUGACGCUGCCCUGGCAGCACAGCUGCUGCUGCCCCCUCCAUUCCCCCUCGUGCCGCAUCUCCCCGUACCCCGCACGCCGUCCUCUUCGCUCCCUCCCUCGCGCUCCGUGUCCCUCACCCACCAACAGCAAUCCGCAGAUGCAGACCUGCCUGCCUCUCCCUCUGCCGCGCUCCCUCCUGCUACCUCCUUCACCCUUCUCUCCUCACCCCUUCCGUCUCUCCCCUCCGCUUCCACUUAG